CAUCGCGCACAUCCUUGGGCCAAGUUGUCCUUGACUUCGUUGACUAGCAGCGCAAUGUCAUCUGGAGCAUCUCUGGGUUCGGAUCAUGUGUCACUCUUACUGGAGAAAAUGAAGGGCCUCGUCGAGGCUACCACAACAGCAGAUGGCGGAGAGAUCGUGACUACGGGUCGACUGAGAGCCGACAUUGUGAGUGUCGUCAACACUGCCGGAGGACGAGCCUCGUCUCAUGAGUUAGAGCUGCAUGGCCGCUGGUUUCAGUGCGAAGAAGGACUUGAGGUCUUUUCCAGCGCAUACCUAUCCUCUCUGGCUCUCGAGGCAGGUACAGCUGUCGCCGAACGAGGGCGGAUUUCAGUGCAAGAAUUGGCGCCAAUUCUCAAGCUUCCAGUCGAGUUCACAAGGACUCUAGUCUCGGAAUGGAUGCAUGACCCAGGAUCCCACCUCAUGACGGCGCGAAAGCUCAAACUAGUGAGCGGGGCCCUCGUGACGGAGGCCUACGAAACGACGAAACGAGCCGAGUUAUGCUCGAUUUGCUGCGCUGCGACGGAGCCGCGUUCGGUCGAAGAGCUGAUGCAAGACUGUGCUCUCCUACACCCAGAGGAGGAAGAGAUGGCCCUCGAGCUGCUAACCGAGUUGACGAAGUCGGGCCAGCUCGAGGGGUCGCUCGCUGGCGGUGCGCGUGGUGCCCAAGUUUACGUUCCGGGCUCCUUUGUGGCGGCCCAGCACGAAGCCGCGCACGCCUUCUUCUCUGCGAACGGCUACCUGGACCACGCCACCGCAUCAGCCCUGCAGGUGCGCAAGCUUCACGCGUUUGUCAGGGAUAGACACCCCGAUGCUGUGCUCCUAGAGAAGGUGGUCGUGAGCAGUGCGGUGGUCGAGCGGCUCCAGGCGGUGGCAGACGGGGCCGUUGCCGAAGCGUCGUGGUUUGAGGCGUGGGCGGUAGUUCCAACCGUCCUGUCGGAUGCCGAUGCGGCCCAUCUCGUGGGAAUGUGCGCCGCGUGUAAGCGUUCGGACGGGGACCCCCUGAAGGUGCUGCAGCUCGGGGUGUAUGGCGUAAGCGCAACGUUUGUGCAAGGCAUCAUCGCCCAGUUUCGCGAGGAAGCCGCAUCGGAGUCGAGUUCUACCACUGCUUCUGGCGGUGCGUGGGGGGGCGAGGGGCACCCGGCUCGCGCCAGCGCUAGCGGCGGCUCUUCCCGCAAGGGCGGCGGCAAGAAUCACAAGAGAGGUGCUUCGAGGAAGGCCGGCGGAGACGUGAGUGUUGACCUUGCGGCCGAGAGAGAAGCGGAGCGUUUCGUUCGGCGUUGCAGGCCCGAGCUGAAAGACUUCCCCCACCUGGUGGCGGCACUGGGAGCGCACGUUGCUCCUGCUCUGCGGGAGGCGAGGGAGGACGUGGUCCGACGAGCCAACCAAAGGAGCAGCGCCGACAGCUUCCACGAGCGGGCGGAUGCAUUCGAAACGGCGUUUGAAACGAGCUACUUUGACUUCCAGCUGCGCUGCCGAGGAGUGCAAGCCCUUCGCAAUUCUCUGCGACAGCAGCAGCAGCAGCAGCAGCAGCAGCAGAAGCGCAAUGUGCCUAGCCAUCCCGGUGACGAGGACGGUCCUCCCGUCAGCGGCAAAGAUGGUUGUAGAUCGGGAGAGCGCGCCGAGAAGUACUUGCUCAGGACGCUAGGAGCCCAGCUGGCGGAACUGGUGACGACGAGAGAGUGCGAGAAGCUGGGUAUCCCGUUCGCUUCACAGGACGGAGGAGCAUGCCGACGUCCAGAGGAGCGCAUGCCCUUCAUUUCCGAGGCUGCUUCUUCCGCUCUAGCCGAGGUUCUGUCCAGAGACGUGGCGGAAUCCCUCGUGCGCCUGUGGCAGGCCGCGACGGCCGGCUGUCAGCUGUCGGAUUUCUGUGAGACUCUCGAAGAGCAGGUGUUCCCCGUGUGCAACCUGGUCGGUAGGCGUCUGGACAAGCGCCAAGAGCGCCGAUUGGUCGAAGACAGACAGCGGGAGACGAAGGCGAGCUUGUUCCGAAGCGUCUCAGAGCGAGACGUCUUCCACUUUGCCGCACUUGUGGUGUUCCAGAGCGUCACCGGGGCUACCCCCUUGCUUCCGCCCCCGGGGCCCCGGCCGCCGGCGCAAGAAGGCGGGCACGAUAGCAGCCAGCAGCAGCAGCAACCCUGGGCCGCAGUGCUGCUAGACGCAGUCCGAGGACAUGUCUCUUCAGAGGCAGAGGAGUGUCUCUCCGAUCUGCAGCGGGAAAUUCAGGCCUCUGAAGCUGUGGCUAUUUCAGCUGAUGCCGGCGAGAGCGGCCGAGGCGCGGAAGAAGAUUCUUCGGUUGGCAACAACGACGGCGUUGUUUGCGUCAAGGCUGGGAAGGCAGGGGGCAAGGACGCCGCCGCGGGUGUGCGGCUCAUGGAGUCUGUAGAAGCUGCCCGCGUGCUGGGGAUGGCAUACGGAGACUGAAACGUGUGGCUUACUCUCGAGGAAAGGGGGGGCUGUUUUACGCCGGCCACCACGCCACCACGCACCAAGUACAUAGUAGCGUUAAUUUUUUUUAUUCGUUUCAAAAGAGGGCGCAGCUACUUCAGUAGGUAGUCUAGCCCUUCAAGGGAGAAUCGUCUACGAACUUUCGCAAGUUAAAUCGUCGUACGGCACGGUGUGCGGUUGAGAGCUGAGAGUGUCGCCCGGCAUGGCACGCAAGCGCUGAACGGCAUGCCAUUCUUCAUAUAGACAGAUCGGACACGCUU